UUUAGUUGGUAUCCGUUGUAUGGCAUCAGCAAGCUAACAAAUACUCUAACAAUGGCUUCCACUUUUUCCAUUCCCUACUCAAUGCCUCCAACCCCAUCUCUCUAGUUUUCAUACAUGCCCUUGGCACACUUAUCGAUCUGUCUCGCCGGAGAAAAUGGAGGAUUCCGGUAGCUCUGCCGCCGGCGGUUUUUUCACUCAAAAAACCCCAAUUCUGGGACAGAAGCUGUUCAUCAUCAUCAUCGCCACCAUCGUGCUCGUGCUCGCUGCUUUCGCUCUGAUUCUCCUGUUCCUCCGCAGCCGGAGCUCGAGGCAACGCCGCAUUGGCGUGAAUCAUAGCUCCGGACUUGUGCCGCUGGUUUUCAGUGAGAGGGAGGCGGAUCAGACACAGCCAAAGAGUGAGAUGAAGAAGGUGUUUGUGAUUGGGGGUUUGGAUGCGGAGUCGGAGAGCACGAUGCAGAGCGAGUCCUCGUCGACCGACGGUUUGGGGAGCUCUGGGUUUAGCAUGAGAGAGCUGCAAAUUGCGACGAAUCAGUUUUCGAGUCAGAAUGUGAUUGGAGAAGGUGGUUAUGGAAUUGUUUAUCGUGGGGUAUUACAGGAUGGUUCUGUGGUUGCUGUCAAAAAUCUUCUAAACAACAAGGGUCAGGCAGAGAAAGAGUUUACAGUGGAGGUUGAAGCUAUCGGGAAAGUAAAACACAAGAACCUCGUGAGUCUCUUAGGUUAUUGUGCUGAAGGAGCUCAAAGGUUGCUGGUCUAUGAGUACAUUGACAAUGGCAACUUGGAGCAGUGGUUACAUGGCAAUGUGGGGCCAGUUAGUCCGUUGACUUGGGAGAUCCGCAUGAAAAUUGCCAUUGGGACAGCUAGAGGACUAGCAUACUUACAUGAAGGAUUAGAGCCCAAAGUUGUCCAUCGGGAUGUAAAAUCCAGCAACAUUCUACUAGACAGGAAAUGGAAUCCAAAAGUGUCAGACUUUGGACUCGCCAAGUUAUUGGGACCUGAGAAAAGCUACGUGACUACACGAGUGAUGGGAACAUUCGGAUAUGUCUCCCCUGACUAUGCAAGCACUGGUAUGCUCAAUGAGGGGAGCGACGUAUACAGCUUCGGAAUUCUACUCAUGGAAAUAAUAACCGGAAGGAGCCCAGUAGACUAUUCAAGGCCACCAGGAGAGAUGAACUUGGUAGAUUGGUUCAAAGGGAUGGUAUCAAGUCGGCGUAGUGAAGAGAUUACUGACCCACUGAUGGCUGUUCCUCCUCCCCCAAGAGCACUCAAGAGAAUACUACUGCUUUGCCUCCGAUGUAUAGACUUGGAUGCCAUCAAACGUCCUAAGAUGGGUCAGAUUGUACACAUGCUUGAGGCUGAUGAAUUUCCUUUCCGCGUGGUGUCUGAACGACAGUCGUCGUUUUUUUUUCCAACUUUAUACAUACGGUGA